GGUGCUUUUCCAGGAACUGGUCAGUGGAGAUUUUUGUUUAUGCACGAUUUGCAUUCUUUGCCUGCCUAGCGCUCCAGGAAGGGCAGGGGGACUUUAUCUCACGCCCUCAGCAGAGCACUGCGGGGAGUAGUGGUUUCCUCUUCCCUGAUGACUGAGCUCACUGCUGCUCUGGUGUCACCCAGCUCGGGGACCCUGCUCCGCAGAGCCGAGGAACCGAGGGCUUGAAGACAUGCAGCUCGUCGGGACGCAUUGAGCACAUCAGAAGCAGGAAACCUGCCUAACAAUCAGUGGGGCCACUGGAUGAUCGAGGUGCUAAAGAAGCACUGAAGGAAGACAAGGCCAUUGCAGAGACGCUAACACGAUUCUUUGCAUCAGUCUUCACUGCAGAGGAUGUGAGGGAGAUUCCCACACCUGAGCCGUUCUCUUUAGGUGACAAAUCGGAGGAACUGUCCCAGAAUCAGGUGUCUAUAGAGGAGGUUUUGGAACUUGUUGCCAGGGGAUGUUGUGAAGACCAAAAGUAUAACAGGGUUCAAAAGAGAAUUCGAGAAGACACUUUGAAUGGUUUAUGAGAAGAAAGCAAGAUGGACGGAAGUCAGCCCCGCACCGAGACUCCCACGGCUCCCAAGAAGAUCUCUCUGCUUUCCUCUCCCAUGCGGGCAGUCAUCCGUCUGCGACGAAAAGUCCAGUUCCUGAAGAAAAGCCGCCUGCAUCUGAACCUUCCCAGAGAACAAUCUCCAGAGCUGGUCCAAACUAGGCUUCUUCAAAGGCAGAUUUCCUUGAGCCGAACAAACCUGUGUAACCCUUCGAUGGCCCUCUUUAAUCAAGCCACCUUUGACAGUUCUCAGUACUUCACCUUUGACACCUCUGUGGACCAUUCAGUGGUGAAUAAAUACAAACGGAAGAAGUCCCGCAGGAAGUCCAGGGUGGUGUUGUAUCCAGAAAGCUCCAAAAAGUACCUUCCAACAGAGCAAAAGAGUAAAGCAAAGCGCUGCCUUCUCUUGCUCAUUGGCAUCAUCUGCUUCCAAAUACUAAAUGCUAUUGAGAAUCUGGAUGACAACCUUCAGAAGUAUGACCUAGAUGGGCUGGAGAAAACCAUGCACCGGGAAGUAUUUGGGCAGAAGGUGGCUGUGGACAGAAUUAUGGAAUUGUUGAAAGAAUACCUGGCCACCCACAUACACAACAAGCCAUUAGUGAUCUCCUUCAAUGGCCCACCUGGGGUUGGAAAGAGCCAUGUUGGAUGGCUGCUGGCUAAACACUUCCGUUCAGUCAUGGACAAUGACUUUGUGCUUCAGUACUUUGUGAUGCACCACUGUCCAAACAAGGAGGCUACUCCUGCUUGCCAAUCGGAUUUGUCUGAAAAGAUUUCCGAGAUGGUCACCAGAGCAGAAAUAGAAGAGAAGAUACCAUUGUUUAUUCUGGAUGAGGUUGAGCUCAUGUCUCCAGUCCUGCUGGAUACGCUCAGCAGAUUCUUCCAACCGAACCAGACCAACGAGUUCCUCAAUGCCAUCUACGUUCUAAUAAGCAACGUAGGGGGCAGUGAAAUCACAACGUUUGCCCUCCAGAAUGUUUCCAGUGACCUUCUGCACCAGCAAAGACAAACAGAAGAACUGCUGUACAUUAUCCAGCCUGUUCUGACCCACUUCCACCCUCUUUGGAAGUCUGCUGACAUCAUCCCAUUUGGUCUGCUGGAGAAGAGUCAUGUCAUAAACUGCAUCUUGGAGGAGAUGAUGCGGGAAGGGCUGUAUCCCGAUCAGAGCCAUAUUGAGAAUUUAGCUAGCCAGCUCGGCUAUUACACUACAGGAGGCAGGGAGUACGCCAUAACGGGCUGCAAGCAGGUCGGAGCCAAAGUCAAUCUACUGUAGCAGCAACCAUAAAGAAGAGGCCAAAUCCUGUUCUCGGCACUUUGCACUCAAUGGAGAUAGCCUGGCUGUCCACUGGCGUGACUGACAGCAGAUUUUGGCCCAAGAUGCAUUUCUUCAAGAGGACAGAUAUGAAGCUGUCCCAGUGACCACGUGAUAAGAGGGUUCCAGGAGGCAGAACAGCAGCUGUCACCUCUUCUAAGAUGAGCUCUGUUCUCCUACUGAUUUAUCGGACUUGAGUCACUGAACUCCCACUGUCCUGUUGACUAAGGCCAGGAUCUCUCGCUGAGGAUAUGUCUGCAAAGCAAUGUAAGGCCGGGUCUGAGCCCGGGCACAAGCCAACCCCCCUUGUGUCCACCCUGUAAAUGUGCUAGCCUAGGGCUCCAGAUCCAAGGUUCUAGGACCCUGCAGGGCUGGAAGCUCCGAGCCCUACUGCUUUCCUGUGUGUACGUGGCCCCAGCUUGAUUUGGGUCCGGAAGUCCUCUGGAUGUAUCCCAGAGUUCCCGGUGGCAGAGGAGCAGCGCUGCAGGCAGCCAGCGCAGCAGCUGGAAGUGCCAUUACUGCCUGGCCGAGCACGUUCCCUGUUCCUGCUCCUCUCACAGUAGCUGCUCCUGCUCCUCUUUGUUGCUGCGCGCAGGGAUGGCUCCAGGCACCAGCGCACCAAGCACGUGCCUGGGGCGGCAAGCCGUGCGGGGCGGCCUGCCGGUCGCCGUGAGGGCAGCAGUCAGGCUACCUUCGGCGGCUUGCCUGCAGGAGGUCCACCGGUCCCGCGGUUUCGGCGGCAAUUCGGCGACAGGUACGCCGAAGGCGCAGGACCGUCGGACCGCCCGCAGGCAUGCUGCCAAAUCCGCGUUCCCAGUGGACCUCCCGCAGGCGCGCCGCCGAAAGCCGCCUGACUGCCGUGCCUGGGGCGGCAAAACACAUAGAGCCGCCCCUGGCUGCGCGGAGUUUGCCGGAGCAGGGAGCAAAGCUGACAGGUGGGAGGUGGCUCCUGGGGGUCAUCCCUCCGCUGGCUGUGCUGAGCCAGAAGCUCUGCCGCUCUGCUCUCCGUGCCUUGGGGCUGUGUGUGCAGGGGCACCGGGCAGUGUGCACGGUCAGGGUGGGGAGUAGGAGCCAGCCCCCAAAACUUCCCCACAGCCUCCUGGGGAUCCCUUAGCCCUGCCUCCCGGGGGGGGCGUCAGGAGCCGGGAUAAGGAGAUUUCUGUGAGGUGCAGGAGCAUGCUUCACCCCAAGCCCCGGCCAUGCACUUUACCGCUCCGCAGCCAGCAGCAGCCAGGCGGGGUGUGUGUGUGUGUGUGUGUUUCCUCUGAUACCUUCAUUAGGUUGAACUUCUGUGCACUGCAGUGCGGAUGCCAGAGCCCUAGGUUUGAGCACGGGUCAGAAAAUCCUUAACCUAGAGUUAAAAUGCAACUUAGACAAUCAAGCCCAGGGUUCCCUGACACAGGUCAGCUGACUCGAGACCCACUAACCCGAGGCUUACAUUGCUGUGUAGACAGCCUCCAGUCAUAUUGCGACCUCUUUUGUGUCCCUCAUACACAUGUACCCAGCAGUUUAUUCAUUGGCAAUGUCUCAGCAAGUCUAGGAGAUGAGAAUAAAUCCCCCAGUAUAUGUACACGGCAGAAGUGAUUUAAUGUGGGGGAGAUGGAGAGACAUUUGGGGUGACACUCAUCAGCAUGCUUAGCUAGGUCUCACUUUGUCUUCAGACUCGGAAUCUGCAAUCUCUGCCUUUCCAGGGUCUGGCUGGACCUGCGAUAAAGGCUAACUGGCUUAAGAUCAGUCUAGCCAAGCUAGAGAUGAUGCUGGCAAGUAAGGGAAACAUUUGGAAUAGCUGAUGCAGACUGUGACUGUUACCCACCGACCCUUGGUGUCAGAAUUAUGCAUUCUUGGGUUCUUUUUCUCCCCGGCUGCUCUUGGAUGCCCUGGCAACAGCAGUCUCCUGGAAUAUGUUCUACCAUCUCUGGUUGCCUUAGAAGUUGUAGCCUGAUGCAGACUGUGCCUUUGUCACUUCCCGGCUAGAUUCCUGCAAUGCACUUUUCUUGAGACUAUCCUUGAAGACCACUCUGAAGCAUCAGAGAAUGCAGCUGCCUGCUUGUUAAGGUCUUCUUCAUGUGGCCUUUGGUAUAAACUCUGCUGCUUGUUUUGUUUCUGAGUACAAUUCACAGCACUGAUUAUCUAGAGAGCCCUUACAUGGGAAUUCACAGGUGCAAGGUAAUGUGCCUUUUGAAUACUUUUUGUGCACAUUGCUGGGUUCGAAAACUAUGCUAGAACAGGCCCUGGGCAUCGUGUGAACAGCUCUGUGAAACCCAGACUCACUGGGCAGCAGCCGACAGAAACAAAAAUAUCAAGUUGCAGGAGGAAUAGGAGAGGAAACAGCACUGAAAAAUAUGAUAAUACCAUUGUUAUGGAGCGACAGUCACCUCUCUACUGUUAAAGGUUGCAACCAGCUUCCAUUAUAAAGCCCUGUUCUAGUCCUGCUGUAACCCUAGCUUGGAAAUCUGGUACAUGCAAAGUUUCAACGAAAUGUAUACAACUGUAUACAGGUCUUUAUAAUAUUCCCCCAAUUAGAAAUACUGUCUGUUGUCUAACCUUUCUGCGUCUCCGUCUAGCUCAAAAUCAGUUUGUUGUCUUCACACUUCCUGUACCGUUAACUCUCCUUGAACAUUCAUGUGCAGUGGAAGAAUUGAUGAAAAUAGCAUGUAAUUAAGCAAAGGGGUUGGUGACUUUUUUAUAGGCCCAAUCCUGUUUGCAUUGACUUCAUUAGAAUUAUGUGAAUAAUGGAUUUUUUUUUAGUGGACAUUCUGAAAUAUAUAUCAAAAUUUGGUCUGGAUCCAUUUAAAAAACAAAAAUUUCUAAGUACAUUUCAAAAAGAAAAGUCAUUUUGAAUCAAACCCCCAAAAUAUUUCAUCUGGAAAAUGUCAAAACAAAAUGUGGACUUUUCCAAAACAGUUUAGUCAAUUUGACACAAAUUCACAAAAGGUUUCAGUUGAUGCAAAUCUGCAUCUAUUAGCAAAAAAAAAAAAAAAUUUCCGACCCAAAGUUUUACCGAGCUGUACAUUUCAAUGGAAGUUCUGGGUCUGACCCUGUCCCUUUGAUUUCAACAAGAGGGAUUUUUUCCCAUUGGCUCCAGUGAAUGAGCAUGAGACAUGGUGUGCAUCUGUUGUCCGGAAGCACCUUACAAAGAGGCGGGCUCUAGCUAAGGACUGACCGUGAGUGCUGCUUUUAGCUCAAGUGUUGGGGUUCGCGAGGAGCCGGUCACCUCUCCAUGGUGGAAGACGCAGCCCAGCUGCCAUUCUAAGGCCGAUACUCACUCGCCGGCGCUCAGAAAUCAUCGUGCGAGGUUUGGAAUUUUUAGGGCUCACUCUCCGGCAGCUGUUCUGAAAAUCUGGAGCAAGCAUAGCGGGAACUUUCUGAGACUCCGCCAUAAUAAUAACUCCCUUUAAAGAAAAAAAGUCAGUGGUUUGUGUGUCUGUCUCCACCAGCCCUGACAUGACAACAGGCUAUUGCCGUCUGUAGGAGGCACCCCCCAACACACUGUUCCCUCUGCAACUUCACUCCAUGUCUGUUUUGCCCCAUGGCUACCCCCUGCUGCCUCCCGAUGCUCCCCCAGAGUUCACCCCCACUGCCCACUACUACACCCCGAUUGCCUCAUCCCCCCUCACUGCAUGCCCCUCCCCACAGCCCCAACC